UGUUGAAGAGGGGACACUGUGGGUGACUGCUUCCAGAAAACAUCUUGGCUCUACAGACCCAAUAGGAUUUGUAGCCUUUAUUAGAACAAAAAAACAAAGACUGUAUCUUCACAAGGAGUAUUCUGUAAACUUGUUUUACAUGUCCAUUAAGUAUCUAUGCCAAGUAGAAAUUUUAGGUCACAAGGAUUUGAACAGUGAGAAUAACCUCAGGAUAUACCGGUACUAAAGAUUGCUUCCUUGGAGCGUACAUAAUGAGAACCGUGCUUUUGCAUGAAUUUUCGUUAUCAUGAGUGGAAUAGCUGUUAAGGGAGGCUGUCUGGUGCUGCUGGCUGUUCUCCUGUGGCUAGUCAAUCUGGUUGAAGGAGGGUGCUCUGGAAAAUGCUGCAAAGGAAGAGACCCAACCUGCAGUAGCACAGACUGGAGGAUGGACCGGGUCUUUGGGACCUGCUUCUGUGACGGAACCUGCAAACACACAGGGGAUUGCUGCUAUGAUUACACACAAGUGUGUCCAGCCCAGCCCUGCAUAGUUAGCGAGUGGAGUCCCUGGAGUGGCUGUGCCCUGCAAUGUAAACCUACCUACCGGGUCCGCAGGCGAAGCAUUGAGCGAGAGCCCAUGAAUGGAGGGGAUCCCUGUCCACCCCUGGAGGAGAAGGCGGGCUGCAUGGAAUACGUCAGCUACCAGGGACAGCACUGCGCACAGACACAUGGGCCUGCUUUUAUUACAACCUUGGAAUACAAUAUAGAAAGAAGAAAACGAGCUCUGUCCACCGAAUCAGAAGAUGCUGGGUUUUGCAUGGAAUUUAAGCUGGAAUCUCUUUCUCAGCAGUGCACCAUGGAGACCCAGCCCCAUGCUCGCUGGAUGCAGUAUCUACGAGAGGGCUAUACAGUAUGUGUAAUUUGUCAACCACCAGCUAUGAACAGUGCCAGCCACAGUUGCCAAGGAGAUGGCACAGACUUUGAUGGAAAUAAAAUUCUUCACUGGCAAGCGGUUGGCAACCCUCGAUGCAGGGGAACAUGGAGGAAAGUCCAAAGAGUGGAGCAGUGCUCUUGCCCAGUUGUACAUAGUUUUGUUUUUAUUUGACUAUGUCUAAAACACCAACCUAAACACAUUCCUAUUGUAUGUUGCCAUACUGUAUAAU